AUGAGCGCCAGAGUUACGAUGGGACCCACACCUGGUAUUGGCCAUCGAAGCAACGCCUUGACGGCUAGCCGGCUUCGCGAAAAGCUGGCAGCUCGGAAUGGCCCAAGACACUCGGUGUACUGGGUGCAACCCAAGAGGGGCGAGACCCAGCUACCGAGCUACGCGAACGUGAUGGAGGCCACCAACAUGGCUGCGUCUGCCAAGAAGAUCGAGUAUACGCUGCUGGGCAAGUACACUGGCGACUGGAAGGACGGCCAGAAGCAUGGCUACGGCGCGCUCAUGUACGCGAACGGCAACAAGUACGAGGGCGAGUGGGUGGAGAACAAGCGGCAGGGGCGUGGCGUGUACUGGGUCGAGGAGAAGAAGCUGCGCAAGCAAUACGCUGGUGAAUGGUUCAACGACCAUCGUCACGGACGUGGUACGUCCUUCCACGAAGAUGGCGGCAAGUACGAGGGUCAAUGGCUCAACAACAAGCGGCACGGACAUGGACGCAUGAUCUACGGCGAGGACCAGUCUGUCUACGACGGGGAGUGGGUGCGUAACGAGCGCUCCGGACGCGGCUCGCUAGUGCUGGCGAAUGGCGAUCGGUACGAGGGUCACUGGCUCAACGACAAGAAGGAAGGCCCCGGUCGGUACUUCUACAAGGCGACACGCAAGAUGUACGAAGGCGAGUGGGUCGACGACGCCCCCAAGUGCGGAACCUACCACGAUGACACGGAGUUCCGCAUGCACGACGACGAUCUCGACGACAACGAGAGCCACAACACGUUCCAGCUGCCAGAGCUGGAGCUCGCCCACCCUGAGCAAGUUCUGAGUGAGGGCGUGGCCGGCAUCCGCCAGGACCGCGUGCGGGACCGAGCUUUCCAUGACGACGAAGAAAACGAGGACGCAGUUGAUGAGGAGCCUCGACGCAGCGCAAUGACUGCAACGGACCUCGAUCCGGGCGUCGUCGUGUUCGACGAGCAGAUGCUGCGUGCGAUCCAGAGCGAGUUCGCUGCUCUGCUGGCGGAGCAGAGCGCGGCGAUGGCCGAGAGUCCGGACAAGCAGUCGACCAAGACCCGCAGCGGCUGCAUCCCUUGCUCGCGUCUACCUGGUCUCAUCGACGUGCUGCAGCUCGACGUGAGCGAGGAGCAGCUCGCCGAGCUGCUGCAGGAGAUCGGCGCCACGCCCGACACGCUCGUGUCCUUUGCCGAGUGCGUCGACAUCCUGUCCCUGCUCAUGGAGAGCCAAGAGGCGCCGCUGCUCGAAGAGGACGAAGACGAGUACGACGACGACGCCAGCAACUACUGA